AUGCAGGACAGGCCAUGGAGUCGCGUACCGUAGCAGGCAGGGAUCGACGCUCGGCCGGACUCGCGUGUCACCGGCAGGGCAUUGUGGGUGAAUAUCGACGUUUGGUUUCUGCUAUCAGCUGAUUCGAGGGAGCGUUGUUUACCUGCUGGGGACACUGGGGGCACACCGGCUCUUCUGCAUGACUACGAGAUAUUAGACACUCCGAGGGGCCCUCCUCAAAUGAAAAGAUGGGGGGAAGUCACAGACGAGGUGUAAGAAUCCUCCUUCUAGGGGAUGCAGGAGUAGGCAAGACCUCCCUCAUUCUCUCCCUUGUCUCUGAGGAGUUUCCAGAGCAGGUUCCUCCUCGAGCCGAGGAAAUAACAAUCCCUCCAGACGUGACGCCGGAGAAGGUGCCGACACACAUCGUUGAUUACUCUGAGCGGGAGCAGAGUGUUGAGCAGCUGCGUGCGGAGGUGAACCGUUCAGAUGUGAUCUGUGUGGUGUACAGCGUGGAGGAUGAAGACACGCUGGACCGCGUCACAGGCCACUGGCUGCCCCUCAUCAGGUCCACCCUGGGGCAGCACCACCACACUCCCAUCAUCCUGGUGGGCAACAAGGUGGACCUGGUGGACUACUCCACAAUGGAGAUUGUAUUACAAACAAUGAUGGAAUACCCAGAAAUUGAGACCUGUGUUGAGUGCUCUGCAAGAACCCUCAAGAACAUAUCUGAAAUGUUUUACUAUGCACAGAAGGCUGUUCUUCACCCCACAGCUCCACUGUAUGUCCUUGAGGAGAGAGAUCUCACAGAGAAGUGCAAGAAAGCAUUAAUCAGGAUAUUCAAAGUAUGUGAUACUGAUAAUGAUGGCCUGCUGAACGACCAGGAGCUGAAUGCCUUCCAGCGGCGGUGCUUCAAUGCUCCUCUCAAUCCCCAGGCAUUAGAAGAGCUGAAGACAGUGGUGAGAAGAAACGUCUCUGAUGGUGUCCAUGCUGACUCCCUCACACUGCGUGGCUUCCUCUUCCUCCACCGCCUCUUCAUCCAGCGUGGCCGCCACGAGACCACAUGGACUGUGCUGAGAAAAUUUGGCUACAACGACAACCUCCAGCUCUCCAAGGACUACCUCUUUCCCCCCCUACGAGUCCCACCAGGCUGCAGCACGGAGCUCAACCAUGCGGGCUACUCUUUCCUGAUGGGUCUCUUUGAGAAGUAUGAUAGAGACAAGGAUGAUGCCCUGAGUCCACAGGAGUUGAUUGACUUAUUCUCAACAUGUCCUGUGAUGCCCUGGGGCCCAGAUGUACUUAACUCUGUCCAUACCAAUGAGAAGGGCUGGAUCACCUUACAAGGCUUCUUAGCACAGUGGACUUUAUGGACACUAUUAGACAUUCAGAGGACACUGGAAUAUUUUGCUUACCUUGGUUACUGUGGAUCAGGAGAUGACAGUCAACUUUCAGCUAUCAUAGUAACACGUGAGAAAAGGCUGGACCUCCAGAAGAAGCAGACGAUGAGGAAUGUGUAUCAGUGUCAUGUUAUUGGUCCACAGGAUGCAGGCAAGACCACCUUCUGCCAAGGGCUCCUUGGCAGAUCUUUAGAGGAGACUCAGGAGAUUCCCAAUGACAGGCUGUCCAGACACACCAUCAGUACGCUACAGGUGUAUGGCCAAGAAAAGUACCUGGUCCUGCAUGACAUAGAUGUCCACAAUAUCACUGAUGCCCUCAUGCCCAGUGAAGUCCAGUGUGAUGUAGCCUGCUUAGUAUAUGAUGUCUCAAACCCAAAGUCUUUUGAAUAUGUUGCAAGAAUAUAUUUGAAAUACUUCAGUGACACUGCCAUACCAGUGUUGUUUGUGGCCAACAAGGGUGACAUGUCUGCAGUGCGUCAGGACUACAUCCAUCAGCCCACUUCCUUCUGUCACAAGCACAAAAUUCCUCCCCCACAUCCAUUCUCUUCUGCAUCCCAGCCCAAGAAAGACAUCUACACUAAGCUGGCAACGAUGGCAGCUUACCCUCGGUUUCAAGCUGCUUGGAUGCUCUUUUACCGAAGCAGCACCCUUCGUCGAUUAGUGCACGUGUUGCUGUUGCGGCCAGACCCUUCUUACAUGGCAAGGCACUUGAAGCAGCUAGGCGUGGUGGUGGGGGAGCACAGCACGUGGCUCAAGGUGGGCCUGGGUGUAGCUGCCAUCGCCGCCUUCGCACUACUCCUCGCCCGGGCUCUCCGCUCCACUGACAGAUAGUUUCCUCUUUUGGUUCAUUGGAUCUUGAGACUUGCUACUUGGGCUGGGAUGCAGUGGCUCAUAUAAAUAUAGAUUCUUGAGCUUGUUAGUGUGCAGAUGUGCUGCCUAGCAUAUUUAAUAUGCUCUAUUUAUUGCCAUAGCAGGUUUUGUAUAAAGGAAUCUGUACUGUUAAUACAUAAAGUGAAGCAAAAUAUUUUUUUAGGUAAUUGUUAUCAAUAACGGAAAUGCAUGUAUUUUAUAUUAGGCAUCAUUACCUAUAUUCAUGGUUACUUUUAUUUAUGAAUACUGAACAUAAAUAAUAACUUUUGUUACAUUAAAUGUAUUUUGCUCUUCCUCAAUGGAAAUAUUUGUCCAGUUUAUUAUGGUAGCUACUUUCGUCAGGCAAGGGAUAUUUAAAUGUUACGAGACGGGUAAAGAUAUUUUACAUAUAUAUUUUUUCCAUCUUGUGAUUUUUGAUCCAUUUAUUUCACUAAUAUGAAAUGUCAGUAAUUUAUUAUAUUGACUCAAUUAUUUUUCAACAUUGUCAAAGUUUGGCCCACACCUUUUCUGUUCUAAUAUUAGCACAUUCAUGUCUGGAUUUUAAGAAUGAAGUUUAUGAAAAUUAGUAUAAAUUUAAAAAGAUCUGAGAUUGUAAAUUAAAUUUGGGUUGUGGGCUUAUUUAGGACUUAUAGCUAUUCUUUUAGUACUUUUUUCCUUGAUGAUCUAUUGACAAAUGAAAUCCAUAGCUCAGUGAUUAACAAAGCUGCUUUACAUGUCCAUUUUUAUGAUUACAGGAUAAUUAACUAUUGGUGAAUUUGCUGUUUUGUUGAUUUUAAUGUCCUGUCGUUAUUUAUUGCUUGUUUCACUUAUCCCUUGAAGUCUCGGAGGAAAUGUCAAGCUUUGGUCUAGCUCCUGAUCUGUGAGUUUGAUACAACAUAACGCCUAAGAAUAUUUCUGGUAAUGGCUUUCCAAGUCUUUCAAGCACUUCUUCACCCUGCAAACAGAAACCACCUGCAAAUUUCUUGGUCUCUCAUUUCCGUGUCUUCUACAAACUGACAAUUGGGGGAAAUAUGCCUCUUUACUCUAGUACUCAUGAAAUUUCUCAAAUCAUACUGCCAGCCAACAUUAAAUAAGGUACACUGUACUUGUAUAAGGGUUUUUCAAAGGAACCUCAAGUGUAAAUUUUGUUAGGUAAGAUGUGCAAGUGUUGGAAUAUUACAAAAAUGUAUGUGUUUCAAAGUUAUUUAUGUAUUAUAAAACAUGUGAUUGAGGGGAAGCAUAGGCAUGGAAUUUGUAUUCUCAUAUUGAGGAGGAGGGAGGUCAUGUAAUCAACUUAUUGUACAUAUGAUUUCUAAACAAUAUAUUACAAUCAUAAAAUUAA